CAUUAGGGGGUUUGAGAGCCACGAUGUCGACGGCCACGAAAACUUUGCAUAAUAUAUGUAUAACGAUUAUUUCCAGAAAAUCGCCGGCACGACGAUGACAUACAAAACAGCCAGAGACUACCAUCAAAAAGAACUGGAAAUUGCCAAAGAAUUGGAUGACACGUCGGAGGAAGGAAAGGUCUAUUGCAAUCUCGGAAAUGCCCAUUACAGUCUAAGAGAUUUUAAAACAGCCAGAAACUACCACCACCUAAAAAUUGCGAUACAAUUGGGGGACAGAUCAAGGGAAGGAAAGGCGUAUUGCAAUCUUGGCGAUGCCUAUUACUGUCUGGGACACUUAAAAACAGCCGUAGACUACCAUGAACGUCACCUAAAAAUUGUGAUAGAAUUGGGUGACAGAUCAGGGGAAGGAACUGCGUAUGGCAAUCUUGGCAAUACCCAUCACAGUCUGGGAGAUUUUAAAACAGCCACAGGCUACUAUGAACGUCACCUGAGAAUUGCGAAAGAAUUGGGUGACAGAUCAGGGGAAGGAACUACGUAUAGCAAUCUUGGCAAUACCCAUCACAGUCUGGGAGAUUUUAAAACAGCCACAGACUACUAUAAACGUCACCUGAGAAUUGCGAAAGAAUUGGGUGACAGAUCAGGGGAAGGAACUACGUAUAGCAAUCUUGGCAAUACCCAUCACGGUCUGGGAGAUUUUAAAACAGCCAUACACUACCAUGAACGUCACCUGAAAAUUGCGAUAGAAUUGGGUGACAGAUCAGGAAAAGGAAGUGCGUAUAGGAACCUUGGCAAUGCAUGUUACCGUCUGGGAGAUUUUAAAACAGCCAUAGACUACCAUGAACGCCACCUGAAAAUUGCGAAAGAAUUGGGUGACAGAUCAGGGGAGGGAAAGGCGUAUGGCAAUCUUGGAAUUGCCUUUAACUGUUUGGGAGAUUUUAAAAAAGCCAUAGACUACCAUGAACGUCACUUGAGAUUAACGGAAGAAAUGGGUGAAAGAUCAGGGGAAGGGAAUGCAUAUGGCAAUCUUGGCAAUGCUCACCUCAGUCUUGGAGAUUUUAAAACUGCCAGAGUCUACUAUGAACGCCACCUAAACAUUGCGAAAGAAUUGGGUGACAGAUUAGGGGAAGGAAAUGCGUAUGGCAACCUUGGCAGCGCUUAUCACAGUCUGGGGGAUUUUAAAACAGCCAUAGACUACCAUGAACGUCAGCUAAAAAUUGCAAAAGAAUUGGGUGACAGGUUAGGGGAAGGAAAUGCGUAUGGCAAUCUGGGCAGCGCCCAUCACAGUCUGAGGGAUUUUAAAACAGCCAUAGACUACCAUGAACGUCACCUGAAAAUUGCGAAAGAAUUGGGUGACAGAUCAGCGGAAGGAAAGGGGUAUUCCCAUUUUGGCAACAUCUAUUGCAGUGUAGGAGAUUUUAAAACAGCCAUCGACUACCAUGAGCGUAACCUUAAAAUUGCGAAAGAGUUGGGUGACAAAUCAGGGGAAGGAAAGGUGUAUGGCAACCUUGGCAUCGCUCAUUGGAGUCUGGGAGAUUUUAAAACAGCCAUAGACUACUAUGAAUGUCACCUAAAAAUUGCGAUAGAAUUAGGUGACAGAUCCGCGGAAGGAAAGGGGUAUUGCGAUCUUGGCAACGCCCAUUGCAGUGCAGAAAAUUUUAAAACAGGCAUGGACCACUAUGAACGUCACCUGAAAAUUGCGAAAGAAUUGGGUGACAAAUCAGACGAAGGAAAGGCGUAUGGCAAUCUUGGCAUCGCCCAUUCCAAGUUGGGAGAUUUCAAAACAGCCAUAGACUGCCAUGAACGUGCACUUAAAAUCGCGACAGAAUUGAAUGACAGAUUGUGUGAGGGAUCUGUGUGUUCAAACCUUGGUUCCGUUUAUGUAUAUCUAGACCAAGUACCGGUGGCUAUUAAAUAUUACAAGCUGAGUAUUGCCUCCUUUAAUGACAUCAGAGAUCGACUUCACUUGAACGACGAGUGGAAAAUCAGCUUACGUGAUCAAUACCAGAGAGCAUAUGCCGCAUUGUGGCGCUUGAUGUUAGCAAAUGGCAAUGUUACGGAGGCUUUGUUAUCUGCCGAGCAAGGAAGGGCACAGGGUCUUAUGGCAUUAAACUAUUCAUUUGAUGCCAAUGAUGCGGAAUCAGUACAAGAAAAAGGAACCUUUAAUGAACUGUCCAGUUUCUGUCCUCCAAACACGAUUUUUAUGGCGUUUGGAAAUAAGGAAUUAAUUCUCUGGGUGUAUCAGAAAGGAAAGGAGGUUGAAUUAAGAAGGAAACAAAUCUUUUCACAAAAUGACAUCAACAUUUACUUUCAGUCCCUUGUGGAGAACAUUGGUGCACGUGAUAAUGUGGAGUGUGAAGAUCAUUCUCUUGAAUUGGCAAGGGGUAAAGGACUAGCAGUUCAAAGAUCACCGAACGAUGACAGACAAACGCAGCUAUUACACCUUCAAGAAGAAGCUUUGAGCACGUUGUACGAAACUAUCAUUGAGCCAAUUCAGGAUCUAUUUUCAGGCAGUGAACUCGUGUUCAUUCCAGAAGGUCCACUUUGCUUGGUUCCUUUUGCUGCAUUCAAGAGCCCAGAUUCCAAGUACCUUUGCGAGUCAUUCAGCAUCCGUGUGGCUCCAUCCCUCACAAGUUUGAAAAUGAUUGCUCAAUGUCCGGUAGAUUAUCAUCACAAGUCGGGCGUACUUCUUGUUGGUGAUCCGUAG